GUUAAAGCAAAAAGGGCAGCACAAAGUUGUUUAGAAACCCCCAGAAAUCACUGGUUACCAGUUCAAAGCGCUACUACUUCAGAGAGGCUAAUUUGCCAACUCCUUUACUUUGUGAACAUGGUAACAGAAAGUAUGAUAACGUUUCUGCUCAUUGUUGCAUCGAUCGAAGCUCGGUAUGUAUAUAUCCUUUCUUUCAUAAAUUUUUAGAUUGUGACUGUAGAUGACUAGCAACUAGUCUUUUUUUGCAAUUUUUCAUGUCCUUUCAUAAUUUUAUAACGAUUUAACGAAAACACUGCGGAGUUCUGUAGGAGAACGAACAAAGGACAGUCAACUAAUGUUCUCGCUAACCUUCUACUGGGUUGUCUCUUCUUUCAGUUUACUGGAUAUAUUACAAUGUCAAGUGUAUUUGUUUCUGGUGCUUGCCUGCUCGAUCUCAAUUCGAACCAUUUCUAUGUAAACUACUAAAGCGGGUAAUUAGAUAACAAAUAUCAGUAUAGUAUUUUAUAUUAGUCCAUUCGCCUUUCGGGAUAUUGAAGUAGAGGCAAUUGCUGAAAGUGUUUGUUUCGAAUUAACAGAAUAACACUCAUUAUUUUUUUCUAGUCAUUAACAAACCGUAAAUCAGCUUACUAAAGGAAAGGAAAAGGUUUUUUUUUCAGUUUCCAAAAGCCGCUCAUCAUCAUUCUCCCAUAAAUAGGUUGUUAUUUUCACAACAACCGACAUAAAAGAUAAAUACAAAUUGUAAGCAUUUACAAAGACAAAGAUAGAUGCAAUAGAAAAAAAUCUUUUUAUUUUAAAAUUUGUAAAUCUUUUAGCGUAGUAUUUUUAAAGCCAGAUGCCAGUUAUUGAUCAGAUAAAAUCUAUAGAAUCUGAGUGUAGUUAAAGAAAUAGCUUAGAAUUACUCGAAAGUUUCACUCUUACAUUGUCAUCCUUAUCUUUUUACCGGAAAAGUAUUCGGACAAUAACUAAAUCGCAGAAUCAGAUCUUAGUGACAAAAUGCAGUGAAAACACAACCUCUGAAAAUCGAGAUUUAUAUGGAAAUUUCUAGGCAAUACCGUAAAAUUCCGAAAAUAAGCCCCGGGGCUUAUAUGUUUCAAAGGCCCUUUUUGGGGGGCCUAUUUUUGGAGGGGCUUAUAUUCGGAGGGGCUUAUCUAUGGAGGGAAAUUUGCGCUUCAAAAUCGAUUGGGCUAGCCUUAUAGUUAGAAGGAAAUUGACCGUUUUUGCUUUAUUUUACUUUGUAUUUGAGAGCAGUUUCCAAGUAUAAGUCCCCGAGGGGCUUAUAUUCGGAGGGGCGAUUUAACGGAGGGUUUUUUGCGUUACGAAUUUGGGGGGCUUAUAUUUGGAGGGGCUUAUAUAUGGAGGGGCUUUCUUUCGGAAUUUUGCGGUAUUUGCUCAGUGGAUAUCACCGAAUUUCAGAUAAAAAACCACUAGGGGAGAAAGUGUCAAAUACCAGUCCGGCCGACGAGAAAAGUACAGUGAGCCCCGCCCACGACACUCCCAUUUAUACGACCACCACUUUACUACAAGCACAUUACUGGCCCCAUAUUAAAACACCCAGUCACCCUCUUUUUAGACUUUCAAAAAAGUUCCCAGUCCGAUCUAAUAUGGCGCGGGACCUGAAGGUCACGUGACAAAUGUGUGAGCAAUCGGCUGACAUACCAGUCGUUGGGACAGCGCGGUCCCAUGGCUGACUGUGUCCCUUUAAGCGCGAGGGUAUCUUAACACAGAAUCUUUGGUCUUCAUAGGUACCUUUUUUAUCAGUUUGACGAUAGUAGGGGAAUUAAACAUUUCCUGGCUGAAUUAAAUAUUAAAUUUGUCAUCUUUUUCUUCCUUUUGUAUUCACAAACGCAGACAAAUUCAAGUUCGCCGAAACUUGGGUGACGUCUGUCAAAAAAUGUGGAAUGCAGCCGGUAAUAACAUGGUCGUGGGGACGGACAUGACAGUGAACACAUCAUCUACAGCUACAAACUUGUUUACUGUAACUUCGACCGGCCAAACCAAACUCCAGCAGCCAGUAUACACUAGCUUCAAGGGUAAAAGCUACAGUACUUCUCUUCUACUCUAUGUAAUUUUAUUAACAGAGAAUUAAUCCCAAAUCAAGUAUUUACUACUCCUUGAAUUAAUUUGAGUUAUUCUGUUAGCAUCCUAUCCGAGAAUAGCUUAAGCUGAAGUAAUAAAAAAAAAAACCAAUAAGAAGCAAAAAAACAACACAGCAGCAGCGGCAACAAUUGAAAAAAUUAACAACAACAGAAAACAAUUUUGCAAAAGGCUUAAGGUGCCUAAACAAGUGAAGGAGUUCUGAAGUUAAAAUCAACGUGUCUUGAAUGUAGGUUAGGUUUUAUCAGUGAAGGUUACUUAGGGAACUUCCCGGUAUCAUGAAAUCAUUAGAAUGAGUAACACUGGGUUCUUUUGAGCACACUCUUAUAUAUGAGGUGGAUAGCUUUCAAGUACAGCUGGCUUAAUCUCAACUCCUCCAUGCACUUACUCCAUGAAUUCUUUAUACCGAAAACGUUGCACAAGAAUCUCCGGUCCUUGCUUGACGAUUGGCUGGAGAAAAAUUUCUUGACGAGAAUUGUUGUUCAGCGGCUCCCCUUCAGAUGGGUUAACCGGAAAUUCCGUUUGAAAAAUUAAAUACCAAUACACCAUCUAUUUUCAGUAGGUCUAGCCUCUGGAAAUAUAAGGCAAGGCGAUGCAACUUUUGCUUUCUACUCUUAUUCGGGUUUCCAUUUGAUUUGUAUAUACUGCGUAGCAAGCUAGUCCUUCUCCCAGAAGGUCAAAAAUUUAAUUGUUAAACUACGUUUAUGCACAAGAUUUCCAACUGGAUGAAUAUGUUGUAUGAUAUACAGGGUGUCCCAAAAGUGCGUUCCUCUAAAUUCAUGCUCCAUAACUUUUAAUCAAAACUUCAUUUUUACAUGAAAUUGCUAGAAGAUGUUUAUUUUUCUAUUGACUACAUGUAUUCAGAAUUUCAGUAACUGGCAUGCCCUUUUUGAUUUUUUUAUCACAUUCUGUAGCCGUUGCGGCACGAAGUGGGAUACAGCAUGUAGACCCACAGAUGAUCCAUUUUGAGCUUUUUCAUCACCUGGUGCGCAAGAGCUAGUUCAACCCCCCAACCAAUACUUGUUUAGUUUAGGCAGCUGGAAAAAAUAGAUUUUUGGCAUUCAUCCAAAAAAGAUAAUAUCCCGGCUUCCUUCCACAGCAAGGUUUUGUACUUCUCUACAACUUGAGACGAGCAGGGCGUUACUUGGCAGACUAAGCAGAGGUUUUUUUUAUUUGCCAUCUCAGGGGUCUCUAAUUUUAAACAGCUUUUCGUGACCCUUUCUGGACUUGGCUUGCUAACUAUGUGAGAGCUUUCUCGUCGAGUCUCCUUUUUUGUCUCUAGCUUUUCUUUAAAACUAUUUAGCUGCUUUAUUCAGGAGUUUUGGUCUUCCCCUUCAUUUCUUGCCUUCAAAACCUUCAUUCCUUCAUGAUCAUUUUACCACCCAACAUUCGGUAUUUUUCCAGUUUCUUAGCAGUUUCUACGACAGAUUAGCCAGUAAAUCGAAAUAUACAUGCUCAUCUCCCUAAAAUAGGUGAACCUUCUUGCGUUAAGGGGAUUUAUCUUUCGUGAUAUUUACAAAAAACAAGGAAGGAGUUCGAGCAAUUCGGGCUAUAAAAUGUAAAAAAAAUUUGUGGCUGGAAAAUACACUCGCGCAUGAACACCUUUGGCGCGGAAUUACACAAAUCGAAUAUUCGAAUGAAAAAAUAGCACAACACAAGUAUGAAAAUGGUGAAUUAGACUGAAAGACAAAUUUUUUUUCAAUGAUUUGCUUACCAAGUCCAAUCGUACUGAAAUACAGACUUAUAAAGAAGAGGAACGAACUUUUGGGACACCCUGUAUAUAUUAAGCAACGAUUUUGUCCGCAAAUAUUCCGCUCAGGCUGGCUUUUCCCAGGUACUUCGAGAAUCCCUUCUAAAAUAGACAAAUUGCUGACACCCAUCUAGGACGUUAAUUAAAAUGUCGUGUUGUUUUAAGGUUCAUGAACCACGACUAAUCAAUAUUUUCUUGCCAGGAGAAGAUACUUGGCUUGUUUUGCGCCGAUAAAUCGUAUGCAAUAUGACGCUAAACUUUGUGCAGUAGACAGUUACCAACAAGUAUGGCAACUUCUGUCGGAGGGGAAGCUUUGUUGGAGCUAACUUAGUUUUAAAAUUCUGCUUAAGCCCUUCUAGAUAACUACAUUUCAGACGAGACAAAGCCAGAAAUUCCUGCUUCUCAGAAGUCACAAGAGGAAGACAACUUUAUCAACACUAUCGCCGUCGAAGGAGGUCCCGUAGAUAUUGCUUUUAAAUAUCUAAAGACGAAUGGAAAGACUACAGCAACAGUAAGAUUUUUUUUGCGAAAUUUUUUGUCAGACAGAAGCGUUGUGUGGAAGCCCUCCUCGAGUACCUUUCCGUAUCACGCCAAGACUUGGCUUAAGUAACCUCUUCUUCCAACCUUUCUUGAAUAGAUUUUCACUGUGUACCAGUCCCCCUCAACCCCAGCCACCGCCUUGAAGCCGGUGAAGGCGCUACAGAUUUGAUUAUUAUUGAUGCAGCAUCUGAAAUUGGCCACCGCAAGCAACAAAGUAUUAUAUAAGCCUGAAACGUUAAAGAGCACGGCACGAACAAAGCAAGGAUGGACAAAAUAACCAAAAUAAAAAAAAAAGAAAUGUAAAACAGGUUGCAGAACUGUUUAGCCGUCCGUUAGACCCUGUUAGUACAUAUAUUGUUAGUGCAUAAAUGUCUGUUAUCUUAAACUUUGCCGGGGGGAAUCACAGCAUCCUUUUCUGUCUUGUACAUGUGGUAUUAGAAAUAGUUUCUUGCUUAAGUUUAGCAUGCUGGCCAGAAACUCAACGUAACAAAAUUGAUUCAACCGAAACUGUCCCGUCACAGCUGUUGAAGGCUGAACUAACAUAAUUUUCAGGUUGCUUGUCUUUAGACUACAUGUUUCACUGAUUUUAAUUCUUGACUGUUAGUGGUGUCGUGUUUUCUUAAAACUCCAAUAGGACCUAAACGCAUUCAAGGCAGUAUUGAAGAUGAUGUGGUUUGCUAAAAACGCUAAAGGAGAAUUAAGAGUACGGGAUUAUUCUGGAUUUAAGCAUACAUUUUUUGGUAAGCACAUUGCCGAAGAAAGAAUCGGUUUUAAGGCCACCGAAAUGUAAUCUUCCCCCUCUACAUCCAGUCUCAUAAACCACACAAAAUCCUUUAUGAAUUUGUAUAAACCCUGGGCAUAUAUUAAAACCUAAAUGUUUCGAACUUUUGACUGUAAACUUUUAGUCUUAAUCAUUGAUUAUACAAGCUCGAUGUAGAAUUCGUUAUAGCCUGUGCUAUCCUCUCGGUCAGUGCAGACAAGCGAAAAAUAACGGGAAGAGAGAAGGGGAGAGCCUGCAAGCGUCUUCAAAAAUACCACAGUCUGCCCACUUUCAGAAAAACCGUUUCUCGUAUCAAAAUGAUAAAUGUCAAAAUGUCAAAAUGUGCGUGUAGGAGGGUUUCGCACGCUCGCUAGCUAUGCUCUUUCUUUGUCUCUGCGUGAGCGAAGCUAAGCGAUUGAUGCGGUUGACAUAAACUGUCAAAACUGACCAACCACGGGGUAUACUAGGCGCUGGUGGUAUUCCGGAAUGAGGUAUUGAAAACAAAGCGAAUAGAGACAAAUACAAACUUUUAACCAUUUUUGGUCUGUACCUUUUCCUAACGUCAAGUUUUGUGGAACUAUUGUAUGGCAAGUGAAGAUAACAGGUUUUGGUCUAAUUUCGCGCCAAAUAGACUGCGCCCCAAGACGAAGUAAUUAUAAGAAUACGUCAAGACGGUCUGCGAACCAGAAAUUCGGCUAUUUAACAUUCGGAUAGCCAUGAACUCUUCAUGGAAACGAGGUUGCUAUUUUAUAUGUUCCUUCGAAUAGGUUGGUUAUAGGCCAAUUGCACUAAGAGGUCACGUGACCAAUGCUUCCUUUAAACGAUGAGUUGGAAUCUUGCUGAUGCCAAAAAUUUACAGAGCACAUAAAAAUUAUCUUACACCCGAAAUUUGAGAGGAGACGCAUUUAAGGGAGAUAUUUUAUGGCACUUUGAUUUUUCAACAAAGUAGUAUGAUUUGUAUUGGCCGCCAUGCAUGUUGGAGGGCAUACUCUUGCCCUCCAACAUGGCGGCCAAAACUACUUUUUGCUUAUAUCUUGUUAAACGUUUGAUAGUUACUCUCAGAUGUGCUGUAAACGCUACCACAUUAUCUUUUCAACAUUUCCCUUGAACUUUAAGUGCAAAAUUUUUUCAGAAAGAGGUAAUUCACAGUUUUAAAAUCACAUUUUGGUCACGGGACCAUCUACGAACUUACUCAUUUUAAGGAAAUGGUGCAGGCUUGAAAAACCAAAUCACUAUUAUUUUGUUUAAGAUAUGACCCACUAAUCGUUUUUUGAGGGCAAAAUCAUAUAACUUUCAUUUUCAUAAAAACGAUGUCACAUGACCCCUUAGUGCAAAUGGCCUAUUGCCUUUUCAAAUGUGGUAAGCGCCACGUGGUUGUGGAGAAUUUAGCCGGGGGAUUUGAGCCAGCCAGAAAAGGUGAAAUGUUUUUGGGCUAUAAGUCCUGUGUUACGUUCGGUUGGCCAGAGAUCUUUUAAAUUACAUACACGCACAAAAAAAAGGAAAUAAAAGAAAAGACCAACAUAAUCACGUUAACAAAUCUAAAACUUUUACCAAUUCGGUCUCAAGGGAUAAUUAAGUAAUGCUUUGUUUAAAAUCCUGGACUGCCACAAUGUCUGUUACGUUAAAUGAGGACUUUUUUGCACAAAUUACUUCAUCAGGUGUACUGGGCGUCAACAAAGAAGGGAAAACGGUAGUGAAAGGUCUUCACAACUGGUACCAGUUUCUUCUUGAACAGACCGCAGGUAGAUUGGCUUACUCUCCACCCCAAAAGAAUGUGGAUACGACUAAAAAGGUAAGGGUUUAAUCCAAAAAGAUUAUGAUAGUAUCCGAACAUGGUCAAUGGAGAGACGCUUCCCUAAAACAUUCUAUCCUUCACUAGAACUUAAAACUGUUUUCGGCGAGUCAAUGUCUCUCUCGAGAUCUCCCUCGCGUUACUGGGGCUCAUGAUCAGUCAGGGGAGUUUCCGGAAGAGACAAUUCGCACAUUCAGGAUAGGUGAAACUUUCUCUGAUUUGUAGAAGUAAAACAAGAUACAUUUUUGGCGUCAAAUGGAAACUCGGAAAAAAUACGAGCCCCAGAUGGGAUUUGAAACCACGACCCUCCGUAUUCUAGUCAGAUGCUCUAACCACAGAGCUACUGGAGACUCAAUGGCGUGCAAGGGUGAAAGUGGGUCUUUGACUAGAACUGCAUCACGCAGUCACAUAGUCAAACCAGGACAAGCUCGUAUGUCAUGAAUAACUGCAUCACGCAGUCAAAGGUAUAUCAUAGAUGCAACCAUCCAACCACCAAGUGAGUCUUUUUUUUUGUAGAAGAAGAAUAUGAUAUGAUUUUUUAGCGGAGCUCUCGCGCGCAGCGGAGCACCAUGGGUAAGAAAAUUUGGUAAUCUAUGCAUCCAAGAAAUUUUGGUUCUGCGAAGAAAAAACAAUACUUGUUAUGAAAAAACAAUAAAAGUUGUUCUAAAUCAGCUUUGCAGUAGUCUUUGGACUUCUCGUUCUUGGUACGGAGUACGUCCGUACGUACGUCCACCCUUUCAUGUCAGCGGAAGCAAAAUGGCACACUUAAUACUAUCUGUGCAAAACUUGGUAUUGGACAUCUCUGUUGUAGACAGUCGACAGCUGUCAAAAAGGGGUAUCCGAUGACCAGUGUCACAUGGUUGCAUCGUGGGCUCAGGUAUACAAGUCAUGGAGGCGACCUAAUUUUUGAAAGCUACCAGUUUUUCGUUUUCGAUUGAUCACUGGCUCAGGUCGAUGAAAAAAAGAUGAAAUUCAGUUUGCUCGCUGCUUACGGUAAAAGAUGGAUUAACUGAGGAAGACAUUUUUUAAAACACCCCUUGAGAGCUUCGCUUUUGGCCUUGGCUAAAUCUAUAUAUUACAUCAAAUAGAAACUCGGAAACUGAAUCCGAGCCCCAGAUGGGAUUCGAACCCACGACCCUGCGUGCCCGUCAGAUGCUCUAACGACUGAGCUACUGGAGACUCAAUGGCGAGCAAGGGUGAAAUGUGGGUCUUUGGCAAGAACUGCAUCACGGGAUCAGACCGGUGGCUUGUUACAUUUUGCCUGAUUUUGCCCCAUAUUAGGUAAUCCGAAUCCCGGAAUCCGGGAAAAUUUUACCUACGGAUUCCGGAAUCCUGGGCUUUGAAAUCCAGAAAUCAGUUGUAGAAAUCCAGCUUCCUGCUAAGGAUUGGAAUUCAGAAUCCAAUUUUCAAUGACAAGUGAUCCAGAACCCACAAUGGGGAGGCUAGAAUCAAAGAUAAUCUUGGAAAAAAUUCCUUCAUGGUCUUUUACGGGGCGAUAUAUUAUAUUAUUACCGUAAUUAUUGUGCGCUUGUAUUAUCUUAAAGUGAUAUCACUGUUGUUUGUUUGCAGCCACCCUUUAUAAACGUCCAGUUUACUUGGAAUGGAGUUAGCAAGACACAGGGUAGCAGCUUUUACGUGGGCACAAGUCCUGCAUUUGAAAUGGCGCUUUACACAGCAUGCUUCUUUGGUGAGCCAGGUUACUGCACCUGCAAUGUGGACAGAAAUCAGCUUAAGAUAAAGACCUUCAACUUUCACAAUGCUGGAAUGGUGCUCACCUCUUAUCCUGUAGCAUAA